CCAUCAGUCAAUUUGACAAUUAAUAGGUUAUGCAGAUUGCAGGUUGUUUUUAUUAAAAAAUCUCAAUUUUAUACUGAUCAUGUUCUUAACUAAUGUUUUGCUAAAAAAAGCCAAAAGCAAACAUAUAAUGGUUCUCAUGGAAAGUGUAGUUUCGGGACAUAAAUUUAACGCUGUAAGAGAGAGACUAGCAGAUAAAUUGGAAGUACUCCGCUACGACCCAUACAUUCAACAUGAAAGUCUAUACAAGGAGAGGAAGAAGAUAAAAAGUAUCAAGAAGUAACAUUAAAUAUAGGAUAAAAUGUGUAGUAAUAAUGUACAAAUUAAUUAUUUCAAUAGUUUAUUUAGUUACUGUAUUUUAAAACAAUAAACAAGUCUUUGGAA